AGUAAUCCACCACCCCGUUCCCUGUGGCCGAACUGCUGUGCUCUUCCCAGGUUGGCGUUUGGCGGUGUAUAUAAGCCUGUGGUGAGACUAUGAUCGUGUUAGCAUAUGCGCAUAUCCCAAACGAACACAUGGUUGAAGCUGUGGAACAUCAAGCACGCAUCGAAGACAAGUGCGAUCGAGGAAACCAGGAGAUCUCAAAUCUUCUUCGAUAAUGUAGUGAGAAGAGCACCCAUUUGGAAGAUCCAGGAGAAUGUUCCACGACCAGUAACAACAGGCAUCUGCUUGAGCUUGAGCAUCGCCAGUACAACAACAGAACGAGAAGGACCUCUACCUCUAACUUUUGGAGGACUGCACUUCUGUGGCGCAACUCAAGCUAGAGGAAAGGCAAAAAGGAGAAAGGGAAGAAAGCUCCUCGAGAAUAGUCCUGACGAGCAAGCAUAUGCUGCAGCAUAUCCCGAUAUGAUCCGUGGCGCCGUGAACUAUAAGUGCCUCCUAGUGACUGAGACAUGAUCUCAAGACAGUAAGAGGAGAGAAACAAGAAGCUGGAGACGCAGGAGGGGGGUGUGAGAAUGACAGUGCAGUUCUUCUUUGGCAUGGAGUCGAAGCUGGUCCAAAUGCACGCUUAAUUACCCUCCUUGCCAAAGGAGAAUUGCCCUGCCAUUUGCUGCCCCCGCAGUCGAUCGCUCACGACAAGUUUGUCGAAUUGCAAAUUCAGAAGGAAGUAUAUCUCUCUGUAAGUAUCAGUGUCUUGCAGCCUUGUUUGGAUGAGAUCAUGGUGUAGCCGUCGGGUACUAUGCCGAUCUGAUCUUGCCUUUGGUAUGUAUCAUGAGAAACAUGAAACGGAUUCUGCGGCGAAGACACUAUGUGGUGG